GCGUACCACGGCUGGAUUGCCCUCCUCUUCUGCCUGAUGUACAUUGUGGCCAUUUUGGGCAACGCUUGCCUGCUGUACAUCAUCGCCACCGAGCGCAGCCUCCACCAGCCCAUGUACCUCUUCCUGGCCCUGCUGGCCCUGGCAGACCUGGCCUUGUCCUCCUCCACCGUGCCCAAAACCCUGAGCGUCCUCCUCUCCCUCUCCAAGGAGAUCUCCUUCCAGGCCUGCCUCUCCCAGAUGUUCUUCACCCACGUCAGCUUCAUCGCAGAGUCCACCAUCCUGCUCGCCAUGGCCUUUGACCGCUACGUCGCCAUCUGCCGGCCCCUGCGCUACGCCGCCAUCCUCACCCGCCCUGCCAUCGCGAGGGUCGGGCUGGCCGCUCUUGCCAGGGGCUUCUGCGUGAUGCUCCCCACGGUCUUCCUCCUCCAGAGGCUGCCGUACUGUGGGCGCCGGGAGAUGCCUCACUCUUACUGCGAGCACAUGGGCGUCGCUCGCAUGGCCUGUGCAGACAUCGGCAUCAACAUCUGGUACGGCUUGGCGACCACCCUUUUGUCUCCCGGCCUGGACGUGGUCCUCAUUGCCGUCUCCUACACCCUGAUCCUCAGGGCGGUUUUCCGCCUCCCAUCCAAGGGUGCCCGCCUCAAGACCAUCGGGACGUGCGGCUCCCACCUGUGUGUCAUAGUCUUGUUCUACACCCCUGCCUUCUUCUCUUUCUUUGCCCACCGCUUUAGCCAUGACACCAUCCCGCAGCACCUUCUCAUUCUCCUGGCCAACAUCUACCAGCUCCUCCCUCCUGUCCUGAACCCCAUGGUCUAUGCGGUCAAGACCAAAUGCAUCCGGGAGAGGCUGAUGAGAAGUUACUAA